AUGAACACAGAGCAUCUCCCUCCACCCCCCUCUCCUUCGCUCCAGUCUAUCAACUCAGACGAUCUUGGGACAACGAAUGACCUGGACGAACUUGUGCAGUAUGAAGCCAUCGACCAGUAUCAACUUGUGCAGCCUGCUCACGCUGCCAUGCGGCCGAAGGCUCCUCCUCCCUUCGAUAGCCUCGACGCAGGGAUAGUGCUCGGGUCCCUCGACGCCAUCGACUUCCGCGUUCGGAAGGAGAUCCUGCUCGAGGCCUCUCCCGUCUUCGCGCGACUCCUGCUGUCGAAUGGCAGUCCCACCGUCCUGGAGAUCAACGCCGCCAGCGACGCCAUCGAGCUCGUCCUGCGCAUAUGCUACCCGAUCAUCAACCCGAAACUCAGCUACCUCCCUUUGGACCUCCUCCAGCGGACUCUCCGCCUGGCAAAGGACUACGCCCUCACCCUCCCUAUAUCGGUCAUCGAAGAGGAGUUGGCUGCACGCGCAGCUAGAAGCACUGGUCUUCAGGAGUUGCCCACCACACACCAGAACAACCACGAGAAAACUGAGCAUCGACUUCAAAAUCAACGCUCGGAAUAUUAUCAACUUCAGGGAGCCAUAGCCACACCGCUCCGGCCUCGGAAAAACGACACAACACCACCUUCGUCCACUGCCCAAAGUCUGCCUGCGCGGGUCAAGAAGAAACGGGGGUCCUCCAAGGCCGAUUCCCCUGACGCGGAUCUCUCGUUCCAUUCAUGCGAUGGGGUCGUGUUCUGCGUGAACAAAACCAAGAUUGGGAACGCUUUACCGACUCUCCAUGCACUCAAGGACGCCAUCCCGGGAGUCGUUUUUGGGUCGGCGCCUCCAAGUAAGGGUCCUGAUGUGAAGGUCGGCCCCAAGAAGAAGAGUAUGAACAGGGAUUCCGGGAAGGCCCAGUUAAGAGAGCAGCCGACUGAGAGAAGGGGCGAGAAGCAGGUGCUCUCAACAAUCUGUGCAGUCUCAGGAAUCCCGGUCAAAUCCGCGGGCGCGACUCUGUCGUUUGUCCUGAACACCUGCUACUCGGAAUCCCCCGUCGCCGUCGCCAACCUUGCGUCCGGGUCCCGGGUCCGUGAACUCCUGGCCGCAGUCGCGAAGUACAGCAUAGCCUUCGACGCUAGGGACCUACAGAGCAAGCUACGCGAUCUCGCCACAAAAGACCCGGUGCACGCAUGCGUUCUGGCGACCCUCGCCGGGUUGGAGCCUCUCGCGAAGCGCUGCGCGAAGCUCACGCUGAAGAUUCCCCUGCCCGACAUGGACACGGAGCACGGGGAGCACUUCCCCGCUGCUCCCUACCACCGCCUCAUGAAGUAUCGGGAGGCCUGCUCCGCAGCCGGGAAACGCAUACUCCUCGAGAUCGCGUCGCGUCCCCCACUGCACCCUUCGGAUACCGCGGAUCUGACCUCCAGCCAUGCAGCAGUCGACGCCGAGACUGCUCCGACGAAUGACAAGCCGGAAACAGCUUCGGUCACAUCCGAGGUGGAAGCAUGGUUGCGGGACCAAAAUGUUCAGCACAUGGCUUCCGUCGUCGACGACUACGACCCGGGGUACACGUUUUCCCCGGAGUUCCCAGUGGCCAUGUGGAAUCAACCCCUCACCGCUGGCGAGCUUUGGUGCGGCAGCUGCGGAGGGUUUUCACAGCAGCUAUGCCUAUCAUGUGAGGUCUUGCACGACAUGCCGUUCGUUGUGGACGAGAUCGAGUUCUAA